UCAGCGCGCCGCUCGGCCCGCCCGGACACUGCAGUGUAGGUUACAGUGCCAUCGCUGCGGCUGCUCGCUCCCGAUACCGGUCCACGUCCCGCUGCAGACUUCCCGGACCCGGGGAGAACAGGGGAACAGGGAAGCGCUGAAAGCCAUGGCCGAGUCCAACCUGCCGUGGGGGUUCCCCCGUCUGCGCCGGGCCGCGACCUCAUUUCCAGGAAAUCUGCAUUUGGUCUUGGUGCUCGGACCCAGCGGGUUGCUAAGCUCUGCCCCCAGUCCGUCUUCAAGCACCGACCUGGGCUUCCGCUUCAGCCAAGAUGACUUCCUGUUAAAGAUGCCGGUGGUGAUGCUGCGUUCAGUUGGUGACCUGCUGCGCUACAUUGACGAACACCACCUUACAUCAGACUUCACUGCCAAAGUGGAGUACUGCCAAAGUGACUGGAUCGUCCUCCGCACGGCCAUCGAGACUUUUGCAGUGACAGUGAAGGAUAUCGCCCAGCAACUUCAGGGCUUUGGAUCAGAGCUUUCUGAAAGCGAUCUUCCGGAUGAAGCUAAUACCAUCGAGUUCCUGCUGCACUCACACACACACCGAUACCGACAGAUGAAGGACGAUAUCCGUAGCGUGCUGAAAGAAGGACGGCUGCUGCUGUCGAACCUGGAGACUGUCAAGGCCUCUAAAAGAGAUGUAGAGGCAGAGAGGGACAUGGACACUGUUCAAAGGCUCCUGGCUCAGCUCAGAGACAUGGAGGAGGCGUUUGAUGGCUUCUUUGAGAAACACCACCUGAAGCUGCAGCAGUACCUCCAGCUGCUGCACUAUGAAAUGAGUUUCCAGCAGAUGGAGGAGGUACUGGAGAGGAUCACUGACCAGGAGGUGGAAAUUGCAUCUGUGGGAACCACGGUGGUUCAAACAGAACAGCUGUUGAUGGACCUGGAGAUUCUGGACACACACGCUCAGGAGGAGAUGGCUCGUGCCCAGGUGGUGAUCCUUCAUGGCCACCAGUUGGCUGCCAACCACCAUUAUGCCCUGGCGCUCAUCGUCCAGCGCUGCAAUGAGCUGCGACAUCGCUGUGAUGUCAUCACUGCUUCCAUACGCACCAAGCGGGCCUCGCUCACCCGAGCACAGGACCUGCUGCUCCGCCUUGAAGGGGCCCUUAGGUGGUGUGACGAGGGCGCCUAUCUUCUGGCGAGUCAGAUGGUCGACAAGUUCCAAACCAGAGAGGGGGCUCAGGAAGCUCUGCAGUACUUGUAUUUUCACCAGGAGAGGGCACCAUCCGCACUGAAAAACAGCCAGGACAUUGUUAGCUUGGAGUUGGAAGCCAUCCUCACCCCACAGCUGCAGUCCCAAAUUUCCAUGGUAGCAGAGAAGCUGAACUCGGUGCAGUCCAUGAUCAGAAACAGAGAGCAGUGUCUGAAGAAGUUGGCGGAUGUACAAGUCAGACCGAUUCAGCUGGUGGCCCCCAGGCCUGAACCCGACCAGCGCUGCAAGUCACCCCUCUUCUCCCCCAAACAUGGUGUAGACUUUAACGUCCUGAACUCCAAGUUCUCAUUUGACCUGCUACCUGGCAAAAGAGCAGCGAGGAAGAACAAUAACCAACGCAAGAUCGAGGUAAUGCAUGAUUUCCAAGGCAACCGCAGCUGUCUGUAUGGCUCCACGAUUGAAACGGAUUCAGAGGUGGAAGACAAUCCAGAACAGGUCACACGCCAUAUAAUGAAGGAACUAAUAGCUACAGAGAGGAUCUAUGUGGACGAGCUACUCUCUGUCCUUCUGGGCUACCGGGCAGAAAUGGAGGACCCAUCCAUGUCUCAUCUUCUUCCUUCAGCUCUACGCAGCCAGAAGGACGUUCUGUUUGGCAACAUGCCAGAGAUUUACCAGUUCCACAGCAGGAUCUUCCUCCAAGAUCUGCAGGUUUGCCUGGAGACACCAGAGAGGGUGGGGGCUUGCUUCCUGCAACGGAAAGAGAAGUUCCAGAUGUAUCAGCGUUACUGCCAAAACAAGCCUAGCUCUGAGUUGCUAUGGAGACAGUGCUCUGACUCACCCUUCUUUAAGGAGUGCCAGAAGAAGCUGUACCACAAGCUGGGUCUGGACUCUUACCUCCUCAAACCAGUCCAACGCCUCGCCAAGUUCCAGCUGCUUCUCAAGGAGCUGUUGAAGCACUGUACGGAGGAGCAAUAUCGCUGCGAGCUGCAGGAGGCUCUCGACUCCAUGCUGGAGCUGCUGAAGUCUGUCAACGACUCCAUGCAUCAGAUAGCCAUCACUGGAUAUCAGGGUGACCUCAGCCAGCUGGGCCGUGUGGUGAUGCAGGGAGGCUUCAGUGUGUGGAUCAGCCAUAAGAGGGCAGCAGUGCGCAUGAAGGAGCUUGCCAGGUUCAAACCCAUGCAGAGACAUCUCUUCCUGUAUGACCUCGCCCUGCUCUUCUGCAAGCGCAGAGACGAGGACAAUUGUGACAGGACGCCUUUCUACAGCUUCAAGUCCUGCCUCAGAAUGUGUGCAGUGGGAAUCACAGAAAAUGUGAAAGGAGACGUGAAGAAAUUUGAAAUCUGGUACAGUGGCAGAGAAGUAGUGUACAUAGUUCAGGCUCCCACACUUGAGGUCAAAGUUGCCUGGCUGACAGAGAUUCGAAAAAUACUCACCAACCAGCAGAAAAUGCGUCAAGAUGAGGCUCCUUCUCUUACACUUUCAGACAACCCUCUCUCUGACAGUGCAUCAGGAAUGUGUGUGUCGUGGGGCGGAGCGUCGGUGGGAGGCUGCUCAGCGUGUCUCCCUGUCACUCACAGCUCGUCGGCAACAAGCAACUCCCACAGGAUGCGGGGGGAGGAGUCGAUAUACAGAAGCCCCGCCCAGUCGGAACCCAUCGUACAUUCACCUCGACGCACUUGGCCUAUUCCUGCCCACUCGGUGGCGAUCUGUGAGGGUCUGGAGGACUGGGGUGCAGCUACAGACCUCUCCAACUUAUCGGACUCAGACGAUGAGGAUCAGCCUUCCCCACUGGUGUCGGGCAGGUACAGGGUCAUGGUAGAGAGCAGCAUGGCCAGCACUGAUGACAUCAUCUUCAACUGCGGCGAUGUCAUCCAGCUGCUGCAUGAGGAAUUGUCGGGAAUGUGGAUGGUGAGGAACAUAAGUCGUGGGGAAGAAGGGCGUGUUCUUCCUGAGGACCUGCACAGGAUUCUGGGAGAGACUUGCUAAGUGCCAAUCAGAAAAGAGGAUAGAUGACACUCAAAUUCUCCAUCAACUUUCUGUCCAAAAGGGGGCAUAAGACUCUGCAGAGAUCAUCAGAUCGAAGCACAUCAACUGCGUAUUACAUUUUUCAAACUACUGUGACACUUUCACUUCAGAAGGCUGUAAACUACAGAACAGACCUCAGAAGAACUGUAACAUUGCAAAGCACAUAUGUGGGACCUAUUUUUAUUUAUGUUUUCCAGCAGUAAUGCAGAAGAUUAUUUGGACCCGGGGUUAAGAUGUUGAAUAGGGGCUUUUAUUCAUACGUACAUAAUGGACUUUAGUUUGAGACUUCAAGUUUUAUCAUUUCUAUUUUCUUAUGAAAUAUGACAGGAAUCGUACUGUUCACGUGCCAAACAGCUCAGCUAUUUAUUGUGGCUUCUUUUUGUAUAACACCGUCAGUUUAUGGAAAGUAGCUUUACUUUGUGACAGCCAGCUACGUCAGUAGAGGGUAUGCAAAUCGCCAUAGUUACUCCACUUCUUAGUGGCAAAGGCAGACUGCCUUUGCUUGGUGCGUUCACAUGACAGACAAAAAAAACAGGAAUAUUCAGUCAUGGUCUCCUCAUUCAUAGCAACCAUAGUGGGUUUGUUUUCCCACUCAGUUGUGUUGGUUAGGGAUGUAUAUGUGAAAAUAUCAUUGCAUACCCUCUAUAGAUAUUUCUAGACAUAUAGCAGGAGAAAUGCAGAUGUAAUUAUUAACAUUGGUGAUGGUUGCAUUCUAUUUAGCCUUGGUCUGGUGCGCGAUGCCUCGUUAAUGUUAUUUAUUCCACCUGUGCUUCUCCUGCUAUGACAAGUGAAACAAUGUUGAUGCAGCCAAGUAAGUUAGGUAACUUGGUGAGAUAAACAAAUGCAGAUAUUUCAAAAUUGAGUUAAUUUGACGAUUUGUUGAUUUUUGAUCUAUUAAUUAAUAAUUCUGCAACUCUUCCGUCAAAUACGUCUCGUCCUUCUCCGCUACAACUGUUGUUACCACUGAGAGGAGACACUUCAUGUUUCUGUUUGUUCGCUGCUCUGCAUGGACAAAUCACUGCACAUGCCUAUUGCUUUAUUGCUGUCUAUACUUCACACCAAUAAGAGAAGUAUGCUCAGUGUUAGGUAGUGACUAUAAAUAGAUUAGUUAUAGUUGCCAGCUGAAGUAUUACAGUUAAAUUGUGGAUCUGAUUUAAUAAGAACUUUAAAACGGCCCAGUCUGAUUUUCUUUACAGUGUUAAUAGUUGAGCAGCUUUAAAACAAAGUGUGAAAAGUGGUUAUGAAAACACUGCCACUUUACCGCCAUAUGUGCUGAGGGUUAAGCUCUGAAGAGCAGACGGAUCAAAGUAUUUAAUUACUUAAGAUACUGACAGCUUUUCACUUAACUGAAUAUGUAAAUGUUGAAAAUCUAAACGGUGUCUUAAUGGUGAAACUUUUUUUGGGCAGUCAGAUGUAGACACUCAUCUAUCAAGUGACAAAAGGUACAUCAGAUCACUGCAGCAUCUCUGGACUAUAUAAAUCACUGAAUAAAGAUUAAUUUUCACAGUAUUUAACACCCACAGGGGAACAUUUUAGUCACUUGAUAGUGAGUGCCGGACUGUCUAAAUAAGGUGUGACUAAUCAAACUCAUUAAUGAGUAACAUUUCACGCACACAUCCUCAAUGAUCAGGCUAUAAUAUGUCUUUUCCACAGUACCGUUAACUAGUGUUUGCUGCUUUUGCUCAUUUUGCACAAUUUUGAAUCAUUGUGAAAGCUUGUAUUAUAAUGCAUAAUGUAUAUGAGUAUUUUCCCAAAUAUAAGCACAGAAUUAUUU